CCGUUAUCACAUAACCUGGACUCUCCCGGGAUUCUAGAGAGAGAGAGAGAGAUCGACAAUGGCUGCGUUGAAUAUAUUAUCCCAGCCCCCAAGUCCAUGGCAGCUAACGACAGCCUCCACUCUGCCAUCUAUCUGUAAAUAUAAUAUUAAUAUAAACACAAUUUGUCAAAAAUAUGCUUCGUUAUCUAAUUCUAUGUGUAAAUGUGGAAGAACAACGGCAACUGCUAAAUCGAAACUCUCGACGCUUCAAAUGUUUCCCCAGCGACAGCAUUUAUCAGGCAGUGGAUGUUCAUGGAUGCAAGACAAUUCGCCCUUUUACAAUAAUGUUACCAGUACCAAUAAUGGAAGGACACGAGGCCCCUUACAUUCAGUUUUUCCUACAACACCUGCGCAAGUUUCCUCUGUGCAGGACCUUUUUGAAUUUAUAUGCACAGGUCCCCUUGUAAACAAAACUAAACUUAACCCAGAGAAGGUGUCCGAGUCUAUUGACAAGUGGAUAUUAUAUGGAUCUCAACUUUGUAGACUAUUUCAGCUCAAUGAACUAUUUUUAACCGAGCCUCAGAAAGUUCGAAUCUACCAUUACUACAUUCCAGUCUUCAUGUGGUGUGAACAAGAAAUUUCUCAUCAUUAUUCUAUGUUUCAAGAAGGAGAUGAUAUACCCCCUCUAGUGAUUGGUUUCAGUGCACCACAAGGUUGUGGAAAAACGACGCUCGUCUUUGCACUAGAUUUUCUCUUCCGAAUGACCGGGAGGAAUUCUGCGACAAUAUCCAUCGAUGAUUUUUAUUUAACAGCAGAAGAUCAGGCCAAACUAAGGGAUAGCAAUCCCAGGAAUGCACUUUUGGAGUUUCGUGGUAAUGCUGGAAGUCAUGAUCUUUCUCUGUCUAUUGAGACUCUAACAGCUCUUGGGAAAUUGACUAAAGAAGGUAUGAAACUUAAGCUUCCACGAUACGAUAAGUCUGCAUACAAUGGUAGAGGUGACAGAGCUGAUCCUUCCAUGUGGCCAGAAGUUGAAGGGCCCCUAACGGUUCUGUUGUUUGAGGGUUGGAUGCUUGGUUUUAAACCCCUUCUGACUGAAGCUGUGAAAGCAGUUGAUCCCCAGCUAGAGAAGGUGAAUAAAAAUUUAGAAGCUUAUUAUGAUGCAUGGGACAGGUUUAUCCACUCCUGGAUAGUAAUCAAGAUUCAAGAUCCCAGUUGUGUCUAUCAAUGGCGAUUGCAGGCAGAAAUUGCUAUGAGGGCUGAUGGGAAGCCUGGAAUGUCUGACGAGGAGGUAAUGGAUUUUGUCUCACGAUAUUUGCCAGCAUAUAAGGCCUAUCUCCCGACCCUGUACUCAGAAGGACCCAAUGGUUCGAAUCCCGAGCAUUUGCUUGUCGUCGAAAUUGAUGAAGGCAGGAAUCCCACUCUUGGCAAUUAGAUAGCAAAAACUUAUCCAAUCAACAAAUCUAGAGCCCGAGACUCCCCCCCAUGCAAUGAAAUUAGGCACAGUUACAGAAGCAAAUGUCCAAAUAGCACUCGCAAGUCUUGAAACAACAAAUGCAGAACGAACAAACUGCAUCAAAGUAGUAAAAAAAAAUAUCUUCAAAACGAGAGAAAACGUUAUCGCACAAAUACUUCCUGCAAUUUGCAAAUCUUGUUCAGACCAAGCAUUGAGGCAGCCUUACUUCUCAUGUCGUCAUUUCGUCAGCAUAUGGAGUCUAUUGGUAUGUCGGUCCAUCCAUGAUUUUCUCUUUUUUAAUUUUUCCUGUAUUGAAAUGCAAAUACAAAUGCCUAUGCUAUCUGAUUAUUUUAGCGCUUGAAGUAAUGUGAUUUUGCUUCUAAGCUAGGAUUCUUUGUCUUUGGUAUAUGCUUUCAUACAUUACUCUGUUAGUAUUGAUGUUAUAUUCAUGAAAAUCUCUCUCUGAA